AUGCCAACUACUAUCCUCAACUAUGAAAUACUUUGUCUUCAAUCAAUCACAAAUAUUAUUAAUGGUUAUAUAAUGCUUGUUCUCAUCAUUCUGGGUACUGUUGGUAAUUUGCUGAAUAUAUUUGUUUUUAUUUAUCUAAAAGAUCUUCGCCAGAUGCCAAAUUCUAUAUUUUUGAUCAGCUCAUUCAUCGGCAGUCUAGUUCUAUUAUGGGCAACCCGUUUUCCUCGGUCUCUACUAGCUAUAACUAAUAUUGAUAUAUUAGCUAUUUCAACAAUCUGUUGUAAACUUCGAUGGUUACUUGGACGUUGGGGUCUGAACAUGCCAGUGACAUGUGUAUGUUUGUCAAGUAUCGAUCGUUUUCUUAUCACUUCACGUAAUGUACGCUAUCGUCAUUUUUUUACUGUACAACGAGCUCGUUUCAUUGUGAUUAUAUUCAGUAUAGUAUAUUUAAUUAUCUGUAUACCAGACGCCAUUUAUUAUAAGGACCCUUCAUGUACAGCAUCAGCUAGUUCUCGCUUCAUAUACCAACAAUUUAUUGCUUAUUUUAAUUUGACUAUUACCAAUGCUCUCUCGUUAAUUGUUUUGGCUUUGUUCAGUAUACUCACAUGGAAUAAUCUUCGACUUUCAGGAUUUGUCAGACGUAAUCGUUUUCAAGAACAAGUCAAUCAAAUGAUGCUUGCUGAAUUUGUUAUAGUACUCCUAACCACAACUCCCAAUUUCAUAUAUAAUAUAUAUGCACAAGUUACACAAUCAGUCAAAAAAUCUGAAUUAAGACUUGCACAAGAAAAUCUUUGGUCAACUGUAAGUGCUGUUAUUAAUUUUACAAUGCACAGUGGAACGUUCUAUGUUUAUAUAAUUGUAUCUCGUGCAUACAGACAAAAUGUACGAACAAUCAUAUGUUUGAAAAAACGUAAUCGUAUUCUACCACAACAUACACCUACUCAACAUGAACAAAUAGUUCAUCCUCUUACUACACGAGCGACUCAUUGA